GCGCAGGUGAUUAGCAUUUUGCCGGGAGAACGGGGCUGGCGUGUUGUCGUCGCCUCUCACUGUUCAAAAUGACGUCCAACAGCCAGACCGACAUGAGCAGUGAGACAAAGAAUGUACGACCACGGAGCCGACCAUAAUAACCACCCUGAAACUCGUGGCCACAACGGGUUGGAUCAAACCCGAAACCGUGACAUUCAUGGAAGGACGGACCCAACCGCUGUUGCGAUGUUGGAAGAUCAGGAUGACGAAGGAUGUGUAAUAGAGUGCCUGUCCGAAAAUGGUCACGGCUAUGGCUACGGCUUUCUCUUGCCCGCUGACAGACUGCCAGCGCCCAACACCUCAUCGACGGCUUUUUGCAACGGACACCAGCCUAAUGACUCAGGCUUUUCUUCCCGAAUAUGGGAGGACCCCGCUGCUUUCACUCAGCGAGAAGUGCAAAUUGAGGAGUUGAAUAAGGCAGUGGCGAUUGUGGCACGUGGCGACGAUCCAGACAACGAUGACGGUAAUAAUGCAGGACAAAACAACGAGUGUUGCAGUUUGCGGGGUGCUUUCCUGAGUGUAAUGAAAGUGAUUGGCGUAAUAUGCCUCCUUUACAUCUUUAUCUGCACUCUGGACCUCCUGAGCAGUGCUUUCCGCUUGCUCGGUGGAAAAACUGCAGGGAGCGUGUUUCAUGACAGUGAGUUGUUCCAUAACCCCAUCACCGGGCUUAUGAUUGGAGUCCUGGCUACUGUCAUCUUGCAGAGUUCUUCCACCUCCACUUCUAUUGCCAUUACCAUGGUCUCUUCUGGCAUCAUCGAAGUCAGGCCAGCUAUACCCAUUAUAAUGGGUGCAAACAUUGGCACAACUGUCACAAACACCUUGGUUUCACUAGCACAUUCUAUGGACCCAAAGGAGUUCCGUCGUGCUUUCAGUGGUGCCACCGUGCACGAUGUUUUUAACUGGCUGACUGUGUUGAUUCUGCUUCCACUGGAAUAUUUUGCUGGCUACCUCUACCAUCUAACUACACAGAUAGUGCAGAGUUUGAACUUAGAAAACCUGCAUACACAAAAUCAGGAUCUUCUAAAGAAACUAACGAAGCCUUUAACACAACGUAUUGUUACGGUUGAUGAAAACAUUAUCACAGAAAUAGCAGAAGGAAAGAUGGACCCUGCAAAGGCUCGACUUCUGAAGGUGGUCUGCAAGUAUGGUACAGAAGUGGUACAGACAUUAAAAAAUGAGACUGGGGAUGGUGGAAAUGUCACAUUCAGUAACCACACAAGAAAAUUUCCGCUAGAAAACUGCCAGUCUUUAUUUGCUCUGCUGGACUGGAGUGAUAGCGUCUCAGGGAGCGUCCUUUUCUUGAUCUCCAUCUUCCUGCUGUCCAUCUGCUUGUAUCUGAUGGUCAAGAUGCUGCACUCCAUGCUGGGCGGACACCUCGCACGCGCCGCAAAGCACAUCAUCAACGCUGACUUCCCCUACCCAUUCUCUUGUCUUACAGGCUAUGUUGCUCUCUUGGUGGGAGCAGGGAUGACAAUACUGGUCCAGAGCUCCUCCGUCUUCACAUCUGCCCUUACCCCACUCGUGGGAGUGGGCUGCCUGAAGCUAGAACGAAUGUACCCUCUAACUCUCGGCUCAAACAUCGGCACCACAGCUACUGGCAUACUGGCUGCUUUGGCAUCCUCAGGUUCCACUAUGCGCUUUGCUUUGCAGAUAGCCUUAUGUCACCUCUUCUUCAACGUCUCUGGAAUUUUGCUGUUUUACCCUGUUCCUUGUAUGAGGCGCAUUCCUUUAAGAGCAGCACGUUUCCUGGGCCACACCACAGCUCGGUACAGAUGGUUUGCUGCCUUCUACUUGAUAAUGAUGUUCCUGGUCCUGCCUGGCUGCUUCCUUGCCUUGUCCUUUUCCGGGAACAUAACCUUCAUCACUGUGCUGGUCCUGCUGGCAUUAUUGUCACUGGUGGUGGUGGUGCUGAACCUGCUGCAGAAGAGCCGAUUUCGAUCAAAGCUCCCCCGCCAACUCCAGACGUGGUCAUGGCUUCCCCUGUGGCUGCGCUCCUUAGAACCCCUGGACAGGUUGCUGCGUUGGCUUUUCUCACCUCUGGAGCGGAUCUGCUGUGCAUGCUGCAUGAGAAAAUGUCACUGUCUAUCGCACAGAGCAACCAGAUCAGAAAUUGACAGUGAUGAUGAAGACAAUGAUGCUAGUACCACAAGCAGUGAUGAAGGAGAGGAUGAUGAAUCAUAUGGGUGCUGCUGCCUCAGAAAAACGGGACAACAGUCAGAUUCUUCUCUUCGAGAAAUACAGAGCAGUAGUGUCUGGAAUAAGAGGACUUUAUCCCCAAAAGAACCUAUUUAUAGGCCUGUGGGGAAACCUGAUAAGGGUAUGGGUAAUCCAGUCCACUCGCGCACACCUCUCAUAACAUCGCCAGAAAGUAUUGUAUGACACUGGAGCAAUCUAGUAUUUAAACAUGUUUAGGUGGAAAAUCACUGCUGAAUCAAUUUCCCCAUCACUUUCAACACCCAAGAUGGAAGAUAUUAGGAUGGUUGGAAAGAAAGAUAGAAAAAAGUAUUGAAGUAUUGCCAGCGCAAAACAUUCUGUCCGAAUACCAAGGACUGCUCUGUUACAGGAACUUGUGACAAACUAAUAAAAGCAGUGGGUAGGUCUUGUUGACUUUUUUUUUUGCUUUUGAAAGACAUUUUGUCGCUCGUACAUUUCACUUCCAUUCUCUAACAAAAUGCAAAGAUCAUAUGGCGUACAUAUAUGCUGUUUUUCCCAUGACAAAAAUGUAGUCAAAAAAGACAACAGGGUUGUGGCAGUAAAUUUUUUAAUUCUUUCCUGUCCUUAAGGCCAAAAUUAAAAUGACCUAUCAUAAGUAAUCAUGAUGGUGUUAGAUCACCUAAGUUCACUCUAGUGUUGCUGUCUCCAGAAGAAGCAUAGACACGAUUUUAGUCCUGGCUCUGUUUGGCAGAUGGUAUCAAUGGGAAAAAAAUGUGUCAUUGUGUCCACAGUAUCAUCAGUGAGAGAUAGCAAGGUUCAUCAACAAAUAGUGGUAUUAUUAAUUUAAUCAGUAACCUAUGACUCUGUGUAACAGGUAGUUCUUAAGCAACGACAGUUAAGUAAUAUGUUAAGCUCAAUGUGUUUUGUGUUGAGAAGUUUUCUGCUUCAGAAUCUCAUUUUGUCUUCAUGAAGUACCUAGUGUAUUAGUGCAGUUGUUUGCUGGUUUGGCUGAACAAAUGUAAAGAUCAGAAGAUCUGGAUUACUUUUUUUUUGUGUGUACACAAUUCAUUUGAUGUGCAUCUAUCACAUUUACCGCUGUAACAGUAUCAGAUUCGCUGUAACAUUCCAAAGACUCUGCAAUAGUAUGCAGCAUUAUCUGCUGCUGGUUAUUCAAGCAGAACCAGUUUUUUUAAAAAAAUUCUUCCAUAUCAUCUGCAUUUCUUGUGCAAGAGUCUUUUGAUGUAUACAUUUAUUAAGCUCUGUCAUGAAUGUGAACAGAAAGGAGGGGGGUGGAAAUCAGGUUAUUGACAGAUUACUAAGUAUAUUUUGUUUACUUUGCAACUAUUUUUGUAUGUAUAAUUUAUUAACCCCUAUCUUCAACAGCUGAGUUUUUACUGUCUUUUCACAUCCUAAGCUUUGAUGCACGAAGUAUGCAAAGUACUAGAUCUGAAAAGCCUUAUUUUUUAGUAUCCAUUGUUUGGAUAAUAAAAUUGAAAUGUUGACCCCGAAAAAGAAACUGCACAAACAGUGAAGGAAAUGUUACCUUGGGUGAUGGCUAGAGUGCAUUAUGUGUAUCCUUCAUCCAGACUCUUAUAAAAGUUACUGGCAGUGUAGAGUAGCAACAUAUUCUGUAACUUUAAAAACUUAUUUACCUUUCCAUCAUCCAUUGGGUUUUUUUUAAAAAUAAAGUUUAUUAGUUUGGUCUGUUGGGUACAUAUAACUUUGUGGCAAAAGCAUUUUUUUCAUCAAGUUGACAGGGUGUGUAUUUUGUUUCUAUGAAAUGAUCUGCAUGUCAUUUCUAUCAAUUUAAAAAUUGUUGUUACAUAAUUAUUGACCCAUUUUAUUUAUUGAGAGUGAAAACAGUCAAGUGGUUAGAAAAAAUAAUUGCAUCGAGAUGAACUGAUAGUGAACAUCAUCUAUCAGCACUUAGUCUGAUAGUAUUUUGGGUAGAAUCUCAAGAUCAUAUUCCAUCCUUUGUAUUGACUGACAGUGGUGGUGCUCUUAACUUUUACAUGACACACCACAAAUGGUUUAUUAGUUGAUGAAUGAUAGUCAUGUAUGACACUGAAAAGCUUAACAAUAUCUUCAGUGUACAUGAACUGAAUAUUUGUGUGGUUGCUUUCUUUCAAGAUAUAUUGUGCAGAAUGUGAACUGUUAUUCUAUGCCUGCUCCAGAUAAUUGUGUGUCCGAAUGCAUGCACAAAAUAAAAUGUUCAAAAUAGUUUCUAUA